AAGACCUCCAAUCAUUUGUGAAAACACAAUACAUACACUCUUUCUUGACCAAUAUACCUUUUAAAAUUUGUUUAGAUAUUUUACGUAUCUAUCUUUGUUCCAUGGAGGGUUCGUCCAAAGGGCUGCGAAAAGGUGCUUGGACUGCUGAAGAAGAUAGUCUUUUGAGACAGUGCAUUAAUAAGUUUGGUGAAGGCAAAUGGCACCAAGUUCCUGUAAGAGCUGGGCUAAACCGGUGCAGGAAAAGUUGUAGACUAAGAUGGUUGAACUAUUUGAAGCCAAGUAUCAAGAGAGGAAAACUUAGCUCUGAUGAAGUCGAUCUUCUUCUUCGCCUUCAUAGGCUUCUAGGAAAUAGGUGGUCUUUAAUUGCUGGUCGAUUGCCUGGUCGGACCGCGAAUGAUGUCAAGAAUUACUGGAACACUCAUCUGAUUAACAACGAUUGCAACCAUCUCAAUGGCCCGCCAGAACUUGACGUUAAUCCUCCAUGCCUUGGACUCAACAACAAUCAUGUUUGUGACAAUAGUAUCACAUACAACAAAGAUGAGAAGAAAGAUCAGCUUGUGAAUAAUAUGAUUCAUGGAGAUAAUAUGUGGUUGGAGAGUUUCCUAGAAGAGAGCCAAGAGGAAGAUAUGUUGGUUCCAGAAGCGACGACAACAGAAAAAGGGGAGACGUUGGCAUUUGACGUUGAUCAACUUUGGAGUUUUCGAUGGAGAGACUGUGAAAUUUGAUUAGUGUUUCGAACAUUUGUUUGCGUUUGUGUGUGGGUUUGCUUUCGUAUUUAAUUAGUGUGUGUUUUAAUAAAUAAGCUAAUAAUUU